UAAGAGAGAGAGAGAGAGAGAAAGAGAGAUGGAGGGUAAAAAAUUCUAUGAGGUUCAUCCAUUGAAGAGAUUCAAGCUAAAAAGUAAACAAGAUGAAAAAGGAGAAGAAAAUCUGAUAUCUUCUUCAAAGUUGUUACCUGCAAAAAAGAGAAUGAAAUGUUUAGAUCUAAACUCAUCACCUAAAAUACCUCUUCAAAAUCAAACAUCUUCAGUUUGUUUACCAGCUAAAAAAAGGGUUUGGGCUAUUCAACCUAUUACUCCUGAAAAACCCAUUCAACUUUUUGAUCUAAAUCUCGAAUACAAACAAUCCCCAGAAAAAACUCACAAAAAAAUCUGUUUUUCUGAGUCCAAAUCUGAAGAACAAGAUGUCAAUAAUGGUGUUACUGUAGAAGAAGAAAAAGAAGAAAUCGAAAGAGAGGAGGGUCUUGAGGAGGAAGAAGAAGAUGAUGGGAUUGUUUGUGAUGUUUGUAAAAGUACAGAUGGAGAUCCAUCAGAUCCGAUUGUUCUUUGUGAUGGAUGUGAUCUAAUGGUUCAUUCAACAUGUUAUGGGAAUCCACUGAUUGAAGGCAUCCCUGAAGGAGACUGGUUUUGUUGCACUUGUCAAGCUUCGAUUGAUAAUGAGAAGAAAGAAAAAUCAAAUCUUGAUUGUUGUCUUUGCCCUGUAAAAGGAGGAGCAUUGAAACCCACCACCGAUAAUCGAUGGGCUCAUAUAACCUGUGCUUUAUUGGUUCCAGAGGUUUUUUUUAGAGAUCCAGAAGGUAGACAAGAUAUUGAUUGUUCUAGGGUUCCUGGUAAAAGAUUUAAAGAGGUUUGUUAUGUUUGCAAAUCCAAAAAUGGCUGUGUCAUUCAAUGUUCUGAACCUAACUGUGAUUUAGCAUUUCAUAUUACUUGUGGUUUGAAACAAGAACUCUCUAUUGAAUUCAAAGAAGGAAGGAAUUCAAGAAAAGGCGGUAUUGUUGCUGGUUUCUGCAAAUCACAUACCGAGCUCUGGGAAAAGCAACAACAAACAGGGAAGUACAAAAUUGUAGCCAGAGAUGCCGAUAGGAAGUAAGAUUGAAGCCGUGAUUUGAAUCCCAUGCCGCAUAGAUAUAAGGUUUUUUCUUUCCCGUUUUUAUGUUAGGGAAUUUGGUUUUAGUUUGCAAAUGUUAGGUUUGACUUAGCAUUCUAUUCAGUUCUACUUGUCAAUUUACUCACUGGUGUUUCCAGUGAAUUCUCUGUAAUUGAAUAAAUUAAAUCUAUUUUGCUGAU